CACCUGCAUGAUUGCAGAUGGCACUGCAGGGCUGGCCGGUGUUUGGUCCACAGGCACUAUCUGAGCUGUAGGCUGUCCCUUGCUGCUUUCUUCAAGCUCAUCACGUGGCCAGACUUGUAUCCAUAUGCUUACAGUGCAAACAUCCGCAUGAUUUGAUGGAUCCUUUUCUGGUCAUCUAGCAGCACGUGUGUGGAGAGUCCUGCACACAUCGGUGCUGCAGGCCACUGACACAGGUGACCAUACCUUCAAGUGAUGAAGAUACUGCAUGGAUGAACACAAAAAUCUGGGUGCAUACAGGGUAAAAAACAUGUAUCCUUUAUGUCUUUUUGAAAGGGUGCAUGACUUAUCCCAGCUGACUGGGCACUAGGGCUGUGCAGGAGAAGUGCUUAAGAUUCACAGCGUCAUGAAAUUUGGAGGUCUUUAUAGCCACAGUUAUUAAAUGAUGUCCUUACUCUUGCUUACUUCUGUCACUGCCAAACAUGUUUUUUUCCCCUCCUAGGUAAGUAAAAUAAAUAUUUAAGUAGAAGCAUCAAGAUACUUGAAUGCAACUUCAGGCCUACAGUCUUCUGCUAGAAUUUAAAGGUCUUAAACUGUUUAAUCAGUCUUGCAGCAUUGUCAGUUUCGUGAUGUCAAAAGUUACCCAUUGAACAAAGAGAGAUGCUUGCUUGCAAUGAAUACAUAAAGUAAUCUUUCAAAAAAUACUGCUAGCAAAGUAACUGGAGAUCUGGUAAGUCUAGUUUUGUCUUUAUAUUCUUUAGAGUCCAUAUACUCUGAUUCAUCUUCGGGAGAAGAGGCAAAAUCAGGAAUGCUAAAAUUGUUAGGCAUGUCAUCAGAACACAGAGUUUAAAAUACUUAACCAAAACCAGUGUUUCACAGGUGUUACCUGAAGUCAUGUAUUUCAGGUCUUUCUGGACUUUCAUAAGCGUUAUCUGAACCUAGGGUAUUGCUACAGAUACAGUAGUUCCCCUGUUCCCCCCCCGGAAGCAUCUGUUCAUAACUUAAAGGUACAGGAAAAGUUCGAAAUCAGUUGGUCUUCAUUGCCAGUCACAGAGCCAAGAGAUGUCUUGAGGACUUGAUGGCCAGUGUCUCUUACCCCCACAAAUAGUCCUGGCCAGACCACUUAGUCACACAGUCUUUGCACUUCUGAGCAGGUGGGUGCAAGAGUGCAAGUAAAUGAACCUGACGGAAUGAGCGUCCAGGGAACUCUAGAUAGCUGUUGCGAUAGGUUCUCCAGUGUCCAAAGUUUUAGGGCUGAAAGUCUUUGCUUGUCAAUUGGGUCAUAACAUGACACCAGAACUCCCAGAGGUCAUUUGAAAAGUGCCUGAUUAAGUUCUUGCUACAAUUACCUAUGUUAUGACUUUGGCCUGAAUCUAACGAUAUUCCUUGUCAGAAUAGUACUUUGGAGAAAGGAUCUCAUUCCUGGUAGCUGGCAGUUGGAGAAUAAGCUCUCUUUUUCCAGAGAAGGAAAAUACUUUGUUAGCCUAAUUUUAAAGUCAUGACUUAUUGCUAACAUAAUUUUUCAACUUCAUCUCAAGUCUCUGAAAGAAUGUAAAAUCUAAUCUGCCAGUGCGUAUUCUUUCAUGCAAGAAGAACAUGAUACUCCUUUUUUUUAUAUUGACAAUUAAUAUAUUUUAUUAUAAACAUAAUAUUGGUGGUUUUGGCAGUUAAGCUGCAAAUUGAGUUUAUCACAACAUGGUUGGGAACAGGUUUGAAAGACAAUCUGAAGUUGGGGUGAUGGGUGGAAAGUAGGUUAACAGCUGUAGUCUCUGUGUGGGUUUUAUUUCUUUGUAUUGCUAUAAAAUUGUAUUAGUGUCGGAUGUUCCUUCCCUUUCUUUUCUCUGUAGCCAGCACUGAGAUGUGUUAUCAGACAGUGGAUUUUGGCAUGUGAAAGUGAAACAGAGAGCUUUACUCUUUUUCCUUUACUUACAUCAAUGUUAAAUACUGUACUACAUCAGAAAUAACAGUAGGGUUUUGCUUUUUAGAAAAAGAACAAAGUUGGUCACAGAAAAAGUUGCUAAUUUGAAGCUGAAACUCUUACUUAAGGCUGUGAUCUCCCUGUGUUCCUUGCCUUGGGAAGUUGGUCUGAGCACUUGGUUUUCAUCUCAUUUACUUGGAGAAUCUGUUUUAAUUCUUUUUAGCAGGAACAUGAGUUGCUUUAAAACUUCUGUGCUACUAAUAGAUAUUGCUUUGGCUGGGCUUUAAUUGCUGAAAACAAAUUACAGAGCUGAAGUUGGGUAAUGUUGAGAGGCUUUCCUGGGUAGCUUCUCUGUAAGUGGUUGGUGAGACUGUUAGUCUACCUGUUUAGCUUUUUGUGUAGAAAACAUUUCAAAAGGCCUGCCUCAGGGAUCAUCAUACCCUCUUCUUUCCAUUUGAGAUUUGGUAAGGACAAGCACAUACCUCAGGUGGUAUUUGGAAGUCAGUGUGGUUAGUCUUCAGUUCUGCAAGCAGCUGUAUGAGGCCAGUGUCUGACUAAAGCUCUACAACUUGGCUUGUGCAGUUACGCAGACAUCCUUAUUGCCAGUUGUCUUCAUUAUGCCAGGUGUGUGUGGGAUGCAGUGCAUUUAUUCAGCGUAAUAAGGCUUUCCACUUGACCUAUGUCUAGUCAUGCAAAAUAAAAUGUUCAUAAGUACCAGUAAGGCUAAUACUAUGUUGGUUUGCAGGAACUGAUGUUGUUUCCUGAUUUCCUGUCUCCCCAACACCUCAAUACAUCUCUCCUUUCUCUUUGUCACCGUCAGUUUUGUCUCUGCACGUUUCUUGCAGUUUGGGUUCAAAUGGCAAGCGAUACACCAAACAGCGAGGGGGAAUGUGCUCACUUUUCUGAGCUUUAUUGAUCAAAAUAUCACCCAGAAUUGAAGAUCUUUAUAUAACUGUCGGGUAGCAUCGUUUCUCUGGAGGUAUCACAUGGAAUGCCUUAAUCCACCUCUGAGUGAAAUUCCUGUAGAUGAAUGGUUCUGUCCAGCCUGUGCCCCCAUGGGUGUCAGUGCUGCUGCAGACACAGAUCAUGUCAGUGAUGAAGAGGUUGCUGCCAUCAUGGCUGAUGUUACUCCUACCACCAGCAGGCUGCGCCCUCACGCCCGAACCCGAGCUAUCGCCAGAACUCGGCAAAGCGAACGAGUUAGGGCAACAGUGAACAGAAACCGCAUAACAACAGCCCAACAAAUUCAGCACGUGCCAGCGUACCUCAUGCCCUCUCUUCUGGAUGAAACAAUUGAGGCAGUUAUUUCAGGCAUAAACACAGCCAUCUACGAGCGUCCUGUAACACCGCUCCCUGCACCGGCUCCUACACCAGUCCCUGCACGGGCUCCUACACCGGCCCCUGCACCAGCUCCUGCACCAGAUCCUACACUGGACCCUGCACCGGAUCCUACACCAACCACUGCUCCAGAUUCUACACUGGCCCCUGCACUGGAUCCUACGCCAGCUUCUGCACUGGCUCCUACUAGGCAGAAAAGAAAAGCAGGUAGGAGGAAGAAAGUAAGAGGCAAAAAAAGAACUCAGACAAAAUCUUCUGCUGGGAAGAAGAGUUCAGGGACACAGCUGAAGAGACGCAAGAGUCUGAUAAAGAAGAGAAGGGGGAAAAAGAUGAGAGUAAGAUCACGUAUGAAAAAUGAGGUUACUACUCGCUCCCGUAUUGCAAGAACUCUUGGUCUUAGCAAACCUGUGCGUGGGGCCUCACUUCCUUCCAUGUCCAAACCAACGGAGCCCUCACUUGGCCUGAUGAGAGCAGAUAUCGGUGCAGCUUCUCUCUCUGUGUUUGGAGAUCCGUAUGAGCUGGAUCCUUAUGAAAGUAAUGAAGAGGUUCCAGCAAAUCCAGAUUCACCAGUGAGUUCCAAAAGGAGAGUUCUCUCCCAGUCAGCACUGAGGUCUCACCGUCCUGUAGCUAGACCUAUUUCUGUGGGACUUCCCAGAAGCAGUGUCCCUGCUGCGAGUCCUGAACAAGAAGCAGAAGCUGCCCCUGUACCUGAUCUGUUGGGAAGUAUCCUGUCUGGACAGAGCUUUCUCAUGAUGAGUAGUUCGGAUGUGGUCAUCAACAGAGAUGGUUCGCUGACGGCGAAGAAGGCAGCUCCACUUCAUAGAAAAUCAGCGAAUGACUCGAGAGCAGAGGAUAGUUCAGGACAUAACGCCCAACCAAGUACAGUGCACUCAGGGACCACAGCAAGCAGCUCCACUCCUGGACCUUCAGUUUCUUUGGGGCUGAGUACUCAGAUCAGACCCUCCUCUUCCUCCUCCUCCUCCUCCUCCUCAAGCUUGUUUUCAUCACCUUCACCCUCACUGAGCAGGAUUGAUCCUGCAGCAAACCCAGCACAGACUACAUCAGAAAAGGCAACUGUAAAAUCAGAAUAUUCAAUGACACCCAGAUCUGUUCAGACUCAGAACGUAGCUGCUCUGAGCAGGCAUGGCUCCAGGUUAGAUGAAAUGCCCAGAUGUAAUGGAAACUCUAAAAACUUUGCAGCCACUGACUCGUCAUCUUCAAAGCCCCUGAGCUGUAAUUUGAAUUCUGCCUCAAAAGCUGUAACUGUGAGGCAGCCAUUAAAACCACCUUCCAAGAGAAUUGACAUCUUUGAGCUUCCCAGGAUACCAAAGAUUAAAAAGGAAACCAGCAGCAAGCAGGUGGAGCCAGAACCUGCAGGAAGCCAAAGCUGUGACAUCCCCAGCUCCUGUAUAACCCAGCUGACUGGCAAAGAGAGCACUAAUCAGCCAGGAAAGGGUGGCAAGGUGGAAAGUCAGAAGUCAACUGCCAAGGAAUCCCAGCAACAAACACGUACAAGUGGGGUGUCUUUUUCUACCAAUACAGGUGUGCAUGGCAGUUCAUUGCUACUAGGCACUUCAAGGAGCAAAGGCCCAAGCUCUUUUGAGAGUUUUAAAAUCAAUAUUCCUGGAAACGCAGGGCAUCCCAGCAGACUCUCUAACCCAGGAUUCUGUAACACCUUCCGCCCUGUGGAUGACAAAGUGCAACAGAAAGAGAGUCCUUUGCCUCUUUUCUCAGUUAAGAAAAAGCAGGUCAAAAGUGAGAUAUAUGAUCCCUUUGAGCCAACAGGAUCGGACUCGAGUUCAGCAAGCAGCAGUCCUGAAAGGCUUGGCUCAGGGAUUCCACUAACUAAUAUUACCAGGACUAUUUCCAUUGAAAAUCCCAAAGUUCAAACGUUUCAAACUGUCCGUCGUUUCACCCCUUACAUGGUAGAAAAUGUGUUUGGAUCUGGAGCUGACUUUGACGUACCAUCUAGUAACACAGAGUCUCAUGAUGACGUGACAGUAGAAAGCAGGAUUGUAGAACCGAUCUCUGAUACAGAGGAGCGGGACAAUAUGGAUGAAGACGACUUUCUAAGCAGUCCUUGCACUUCAUCUGCUGUUAAGCAAAUUUCUAAUGCAGCGUGUUUCAAAGAGGAAAAGAGAGACGGCCCUAAUGUGUUCUUUAAUGCUGAAGAAUUGAUUAGACCUAAUAUUAAUGUGAAAGUAGAACCAGAUAGUCCCUCAAAGAAUGAUGGGCACCAGAAUGUCCAAAACGUAGAACAGACAGAGAGACGAUCACGUUCCAGAUCCUGUUCAAAUUCCAGCUCUCGAGGCAAGAAGAAGUUAAAAAGGAAAAAGGCACUUGUCAAAGAGCAUAGGAGAUCCCGAUCAGGGUCUAGGGAUAGGGCACACUCGAGGGACCGAAGCUCCAGAUCUGCCUCUUGGUCGGGUGGAGAAGAGCGUAGCAAAACACAAACGCCAAAACCCAAGAGCAGGAGGUCGUCUACUGACCGUUCUAGCAGUCACGAACGAUCUAAGAAAAAGAAAAUGAAGGAUAAAACCAAGGAUAAAAAGGCAAAAACUUCUUGGUCUAGGGAGAGAAGGAAAUCUAGGUCACGUUCAGGUAGUCCUGGAAGUACUUCUGAGUUUCAUGAAAAUAGGAAAAAGAAAAGACAGUCUCGAUCAAGAUCAAGACGGAGGGAACGUUCCCGAUCGAACAGCAUCGAGAGGACUAAAAGGCGGAAACACAAAAGAGACAAAAGCUAUGAGAGGUAUGAUAAAGACAGCGGCUUGAGGUCAAGGGACAGAAAGAGAUCAAGAUCCAGGUCUCGGGAGAGGAGAAAAUGGAGGUCUCGGUCUCGGUCUACAUCUCGAUCUCGGGAGCACAAAAGCAGCAAAUCAAAGGAAAAAAGACCACGAUCAAGGUCACGUUCCAAAGAAAGAAAACACAAAUCAAAAGAGACAUCACUUCCUCCUCCACCAGAAAAGGAUCAAAAGCCUCCAGUUGAAAAUGUGUCCAGAUGUCUGGAGCAACCCCAUUCCUUCAAACAAGAGCCAAAGGAGGAGCUAGUACUGGAAGAGCUUUCCAUAACCAUCCAACCAAAUGUCAAACUUGAGGAAGUACAAGCUGAGACCCCAGUUCAACUGAGAGAGGUCCAAGAAAUUAUAAAGGUAGAGCCCAUCUGUAAGGAAGUGACCAAUGAAACUGCAUUCCCUGUGCCAGAGAUCACAGACAUUUGUGUUCCAAUUGGCAAUGUGGAUUCUUUUGCUGAAGCAGAAUUAAUGAGCAGUGAUCCAGCAGUGCUUGGUAGCUGUAACAAUACAAACCUUGAGAUUACAGUUAAAAUAGAAAAUACUGCAUUAUGUCCAUCUCUGAUGGAACCACCCCCAAAGAAGGAAGUUAUCAUACAUGCUCCAACUGAGGCUGCACCAAUUCAAAGCCCAUCCAAAAGCAAAAUAACAGAUUGUGUGAGGGAGCUUAAAGAUGAGUGCCUUGUGUCAAAUGAGAAAACUGGUAAUUUCAGUAAGCCUGAACUGGAGGUGGUACCUCAGGGUCCUGCAUUGAAAUCAAAAGCACCAGUGAAAAGAGUUACCUGGAAUCUUCAAGAGGAAGAAAGCGGCACAUUGUCUGCUGGAAAAGCUCCAAGGAUGCCAUUUUACAAACUUCAGCGAGCAAAAGAAGGUGCCUGGAAAGCAGAGGACUUGAACCAAACGUUAAAUCAGGUGCAGUUAAAUGAGCCUCCUCCAACCAAUUAUAUGAUUCCUGAGCCUAUGUUUCCUGAUCUAGAUUCCUCUCAGGUGUACUGUCAAAAUACACCUUUGACACCACCUCUGCCCUCCAGCCUUCCCCCCUAUGCCCCUGUCAGCCAGCCCACAGUUCAGUUUAUCAUGCAAGGUAGUCUUCCGGCGCUUGUCUGCAUGGCAGGACAGAGCCUGACUCCAGAGCCGGGCAGCCUGGCAACUGCAUCUGAACCAGGAAUCCAAGCUGCUUCUGUUGGAAACGCAGAAGAAAAUAUCGAAGCACCCAAACCUCCAGUGGAUAAAAUAAAAAACGAGGAAUAUAUGAAGAAGCUUCACAUGCAGGAAAGGGCUGUGGAAGAAGUGAAACUUGCUAUUAAACCCUUUUACCAGAAGAGGGAGAUUACAAAGGAGGAGUACAAGAGCAUUCUUCGAAAAGCAGUGCAAAAGAUCUGCCACAGCAAAAGUGGAGAGAUCAACCCUAUGAAGGUGGCUAAUCUGGUGAAGGCAUAUGUGGAAAAAUACAAACAUAUGAGGAAACAUAAGAAAUCUGAUGGUGAAGAUACACAUGAAGUGGAAAACUGAGAGCAAGUCACAGCCAGCACGAGCUUGGACUGAACUUAUUCUGGCUGCAAAUACUAUGCCAGAGAGCAUAAUAGCUCUGCAGUUACAUCUCAUUGAAAACAAAGUGCAGAGAAGCAAGAUCAUGAUAGAACUUACCUGUGGAACCUUCUUUUGAAUUGUUUCCAUGUGGGAAUGACCUUGGGUUUUGGUUUUGGGGUUUGGGGUUGUUGUUGUUUUUGUUUUGGUUUUUUUUUUUUUUUUUUGGUUACCUACAGUUGUAGAACUAAGUAACAAUCAAAUGUCUCAGACCAGCAGAGUAAUUCGAGGGGGAACACAGAAGAGAUUAAUGUUUGGGACUCCCGGAUUGCUACAGUUUUCAGGGUUACUUUGAUCACAUUUUUAGGCUGUGCACCCGUCUUGUUAGAAGUUUGAAUCUGGACACCACUUUUCAUAUACAGUACAUUGAGAGCUGUAUACUGUUUCCCUUGUGUUUAUUUAUCGAAAUAUGGAUUGUCUUUAGAAACUUCUGAUUUAAUACUUGAAAUGUUGUAUUUUUAGCCCGUUCGAUGGUGAGCGAAGCUUUACUCGCUCUGUCACUUGGGGAUUGCAGAAAUGAGCUAACCUUUAUAAACUGACUUCAGAAACACUGCUCAAGCCGUGGUGUUUAUUUACGUUCUGUUGGAAGCAUCUUGUUAGUGAAAAGUUGAGUUUCGGGGUGGGAGACUGCGUUGCACUUCUGUAAAUAAUGCACUGAUGGCUGGUUUUGUGUAUGCCUUUCAGGAAAAAAAUAAACAAAAAGCAAGCAUUGUGAAUUUUCAGUAACGAGCUGAAGGGAUGAGGUUGAACUGAUGUACAAAGCAGAAAUGUGACAGAAUUUAUAAAGUUAUUUUGAAUGGUUUUAGUCCUAUA